UAAAAUAAUUUAUACAGGUAUUCCAUAGUAUGGUAGCUGCUGCGUUCUGUCGCAAUAAAGGCAACCAUCGUAACUCCAUAAUGAACCUGUAGUGUGGUUCAUACCGGUGUAAUGCCGGGGCAUGCAUGAGUAAUUCAUGCAUUAAUUUUAAACAAAAAUGCCUUAAUACUCAGUCACCCCACCUGUUCACCGGAGCGUAUCUCCCUAAAACGGCGAAUCUAUUCAUUGUCCGUUUGUUUAUUCACAUACUCACAUUAUUAGUUGUAACUCUAGCGUUUUGACCACAUUUCUCCGUGUCGCAUUACAUUCAGUCCGUGUGCUUUGUUUUUCAAUUUUAUUUAAAGUUGAAUAAAAACAUGUGCAAAAAUGAAACAAGUGCUAAAGUGCUCUUUGGAUGUUUUAAUACAAUAUUUUUUGUAAGUAUUAUUAUGAGUUUAGUAUGACCGGCGCACGCGGCCGGUAUUUACUUGUUGCUAUAAUUAUUAUUGAAGUGCCCAAGUUUAUUGUGCUAUUACGUUCUGUAGGCAUGCGGUUUCGUAGAAGUAGUGUGUGGUCUUCUGUUGCUCUGUGACUCUAAGAGAAUACUCCUGUCACGCUUGCUGGCAGCGCCUGAUGGGGACCUGAUACAUCCGCCAUUCUACUACUUGGCCCUAGCGCUGCUGGCAGCAGGACUGGCCAUGUGUGCGACUGCUGCCCUGGGCUGCUGGGCCACUUGCAUGCCGGGAUACGCUGUACUUAGUAUCUAUUUCAUGGUGGUGCUAGCGUUGCUACUAUGCGAGAGUGCUGGUGGCGUCAUAGCAGCUAUAUGGCCGCGCUGCCUCGGCCUGCAGAGUUCCCGAGGCGGGGCCGUCGGCGCACUGCAGACUUAUUACGCUUUACCAGAUUUCGAACAUUUCACUGCUGCCGUUGAUUUAGCGCAGACUGAGUUGGAGUGCUGCGGCAUGACAGACGCCCGCAACUACGACAUGUCGGCGUGGCAGCUGCGGCGGCUGGGCCCGCGCGGCAUGUCCGUGCCGCUCAGCUGCUGCGUGCAGGACCGCGAGCGCGCGUCCUAUCUCAACCCCGCGCCCGUCAACGCCUCUCGAUGUCAAGAAGUACAGCCCAACCCCACCUUCAGAUAUGUACCGGGUUGCCUCGGACCUUUAGAAGACUGGUAUCAACAACAGUAUUUAAUUCUAAUGCUGGGGUUGUUCAUCGUGGCUUUAUUCAAACUAGGAGUUCUACUAAGCACGAUAUUUUCCUGUAUUCGACUGAGAAGACGCAAACAAAUACUGCAGACGUUCUCCAUGAAGUCUUUAGAUAAUAACACGAACGAGAACAUUUAUGAAAGUAAGCUGAGUGCAGUACACGACGAGCCAAUCACUGCGAAGUAUACACAGCCGAACAAUUUCUACAGCCCCAGAAUACGGAACCCGAGAAUUUUUCACAACCGACCCAAUGAGGUCGUAUGAGAAUUAGCCUCGGAGAUAAAUGCUUUAGAGAGGAAGCUGGAGAGAUUUUCAGACUAUUUGUAUAAGCACCAAGCUGACUCCAUCAUGUGGUGACAAAGCUAUACACUCAAUAGUAAACAUUUUAAAUGUCUGUCAGUAAAAUAAUAGUACGAAGUAUGUGCCAUAAGUAGAACAUUUUCAAGUAUUUUAAUAAAAUGUUUAGUGUUGCUUUCCACUCGCUUUACUCUCUAAAGCACUUACUCCGGCUUCAUGUUAUCGUAUGUGUUCGUUAGUUUGUAUAAGGUUAAAAAUAAAUAAAACACAGUCACUCAA